GCGGCCAGGCGCGCUCAGCCGAGCGCCGAGGCGCGCUUUCAGGAACAAUAACAGUGCAGGCGGCGAGGGGCCCGGAGCCGCCGCCGCCCCCCGCCCCCCCCCCGCGCCAUGUACGCCUUUGUGCGGUUCCUGGAGGACAACGUCUGCUAUGCGCUGCCCGUCUCGUGCGUGCGGGACUUCAGCCCCACGUCCCGCCUCGACUUCGACAACCAGAAGGUGUACACGGUCUACCGCAAGUUAGAGAGAGACUGCUGUUUCUUCUGGCUUCCCUGGCUGCCUUAUAAGGCCCAGUUGCUUAGUUUGGGGCAAGACAAAACUGACCUUGAAAACAGUGUGAUGCAGAAGAAAAUUAAAAUCCCCAAACUCUCUCUCAAUCACGUAGAAGAAGCUGGGGAGGUUACAGAUUAUGGGGAAGAAGAUGUGGAGCUUAGACACAGUAAGAGACAAGAUGGGAGGAAACAAAGUGAAGGUACACACAAAAGCAUCGAAGCAGUUGUUGCUCGCCUAGAAAAGCAAAAUGGGAUGAGUCUCAGUAGUAGUUCGAGCCCUGAGGAAACCUUUAUGGAGACUUCGGAAGGCAUUAACAACAUGGACGAUGCUGUAAUUCCUCGUGUUCUCUAUGAAGAAUUGUUGAGGAGUUACCAACAGCAGCAAGAAGAAAUGAGACAUAUUCAGCAAGAACUUGAGAGAACACGGAGACAGCUUGUGCAGCAGGCAAAAAAGCUAAAGGAGUAUGGGGCAUUAGUGUCAGAAAUGAAAGAGCUCAGAGACUUGAACAGGAGACUUCAGGAUGUGCUGCUUCUGAGACUAGGCAGUGGUCCUGCCAUUGAACUUGAAAAAGGAAAACCAGAAUCAAUUGAGCCUGAGCCUGAGAUACAGAAAACAUUCAGUGAGGAAGCGAAUACAUCAACAUAUUAUCCUGCCCCUGUUCCAGUAAUGGACAAGUAUAUUCUCGAGAACGGAAAGGUCCAUCUGGGCAGUGGAAUCUGGGUAGAUGAGGAGAAAUGGCACCAGCUGCAAGUAACACAAGGAGAUUCAAAGUAUACAAAAAACCUAGCGGUAAUGAUUUGGGGAACAGAUGUUCUCAAGAACAGAAGCGUCACAGGAGUUGCAACCAAAAAAAAGAAAGAUGCAGUUCCCAAGCCACCUCUCUCACCUCACAAAUUAAGCAUUGUCAGAGAAUGUUUGUAUGACAGAAUAGCACAAGAAACUGUGGAUGAAACUGAAAUUGCACAGAGACUCUCCAAAGUCAACAAAUACAUCUGUGAAAAAAUCAUGGAUAUCAAUAAAUCAUGUAAAAAUGAAGAAAGGAGGGAAGCAAAGUACAAUUUGCAAUAAAUUUUGGAUUUUUA